GUCGGCGGGGGCCGCGGGGACCUGCCCCGGGCCUUCCCGGCUUCCGCCUCCCGGGCCACGUCCCCGGCGCCCCACCGGAAGCUCCCGCUGGGCCGCGGGGAGGCGACGGCGACGGCGGCGGCGGCGGCGGCGCCGAGGUUGGUUGCACUGCACCCCGCCCCCACCCCAGGCCACCCCGCCCCGGGGCUGCCGGCGGCCCCCGCCCCCGCGCUCCCGGGCCCGGGCCGCCCCGACUCCCGCUCGCUCGCGCGGGGGACUCCCCAGGCGCAGGCCUCCCGGCGCGGCCCGUGACCUGGACGCCGCGGCUGCGGAGCCCGCCCCCGGACUCCUACCCCAGCCCUUCCUGCGGGCAGCGGGGGCAGCCCCGGGGGUUCGCCCCCUCCUCGAGGAGUGGCGGGCGCCGCUCUGCUCUCGGCACUGGGCACGCACCUGAUGUGGCGGUGGCGAGGCGACAGUCACCUGCCCGGGGGCGGGAGGGAUGCACGACUGAGGCUGGGGGGCACAGACAGGCAAUCCGGCAUCGGCCUCAUGGAGCAGGGGGCUGUGGGGGACGCUAUGGGAUCGAAAAGCCGAGCGCCCAACCCCAUCCUGGGGCCAGCCCACGGAGACCCAGGGGUCUGGUCAAGGGCGCCGGAAAGGGCAAGUGGACGGCUGGGAGGAGGGGGUGUAUGCGGCGCGGAGAGACUCCAACCGUGCAGAUCCCGCGGUGGAGCCAUGGAGAUGGGGCCAGUGGAGGUUCAGAGCAGAAGAGAAAGGGGUCAAGGAGAAGAUAAGGAGUGUCCGGAGAAGUGGGGGGUGGGAGGUACACGGAGAGGGUGCGAAAGCCAAAGGGAGGAAGGGAAUUUGAAAGGAGAAGCCACCAAUGGUGUGAGGUGCUGGCCAGAGGGCAGGUUGGAUAGCCGGGACAGGCCCCGGGCGUUUGGUGACUCCAACACUGAGAAUCUUGGGGAGAUGGUUCCCGGAGAUUCGAGUGAGGAAUUCUCCAUGCAGCCAGUCUUUUCCAGAAGUUCUGAUAGAGUGAGGAGAGAGUGUCGACGCAGGGGAGGACUUUGGGGUAAGGGUGAAGAGCAGUUUAAAGCAGACCAUGUGGUUAAAGCACAGGCUCUGGGGUCAGGGGUCCCCGCACACUAUCUGCGAGAUCUUGGACAAGUCACUUAACCAGUUUGUGCCUCAGUUUCUGAUCUGUAAAAUGGGGAUGAUGAUGAUGAUGGACAAUGCCUGCCUGUUAAGGAUCACGUGAAGAUUAGCUGAGACAGUUAAAAGUACUUAACGUGGCCCUAAAAUGCCGUACCGAUCAUUUUCCACUUUUAUUAUUGGAACAACUUGGGCAUAUUUUGAUGCUCAUAUGGAAGAGCUGGUAGAAAAGGAGGCAUUGGAAGACCGAGAGGAGAGAAAGGGGACUAGGAGAGAGGGACCCAGAACUUGGAUGGGAGGUAAGUGCCUGUCUAUGCCGAAGGAAGGGAAAGAGAGAAUUGGCGGGGAUGCAGGGAAGUUUGCAGGUUUGGGGUAUGUGGUUAAGGGACUGCCUUUCCCUUUCUCUGAAGUAGGCCUCAAGGCCGUUUGCUGAGAGGGCCAGGCCAUGGCUGGCCCUGGUGAAGAGGGAGGUCCCAGUUUACACUGCCGUGGUAGGGUACCAUGCCCUCUUUGCCAGGAGCCCCAAUGUCGUUCCAGCGAAGAGGGGCAGUUGAAUUUUUCUGGGGUCAGAGGACAACAUCUGACCUGCCUUGCCCACUUACAAGGCUCAAGUAAAGUUGAUGGGUGUGAAAACGCUAUAUAAGCAAAAUUUACCAUCUUAAUUCUGUUCCCUGAUCUUGAAGAGCUGGGAGCAUAGUGGCCCUGAGUGGAACACCAUGCCAAAGCCUUCCAAGCAGUCCCCUUGGGCCAUGCACCACGCCAGGUUCCCACCCUUCACUUCAUUCCGCCAUCACACCAGACGGGGAAGGUGGAAACUAUUAUCCCCAUUUCACAGAUGCACAGACUGACAUUCAGAGGAGUUAAAGGCCAUGUCCCAGGACCCAAAGCUAGUAAAUGGAAGACCCAGGAUCCCAACUCCCAUCUGUCAGACCUCAAAGCCCAUGAUUUGAAAUCACUAUGAAAGUUUGCAAAAUCCAGCAGGAUAGGAAGAUGUGGAUCUAGGUGAGAAAACAGGCUGGGAUCCCUGCCCUCCAUCCCAGCUCUGUAAGCGCCACCAAGUUGCCUUGUUUUUUGUCCCUCGCGCUUGGGUAAAAGAACACGGACCUUAGAGUCCCACAGACCUGUUGCUGAUGCUCCACUACUGGGGGCUUUGACUUUGGACCAGGCAUCUCGUUCCUCUGUGCCUAUAUGCGGCCAGUGGAUUCUCAGCAGGUUGCUCUAUGGAAUAGGAAGGAAAAUGUUGCCCAGGAUGCAGAAGACAUACCAGCGACCAUAGUUCCUACACAGCCAUGGGUCUCCGUCCCACUUGGCCGCUGAGCCCAACUCCCUGCGACCUAGUAUUUAUUUCGAGCUUUGUUCUCCUCAGAGCCAGGACGUGGUAGCGCCUGACCCAAGUAUGUGGCCACCUAUGACUUCCUGAGUGGGGCAUUGCGGGGGGAGGGCCCAGAUCAUGGUCCCGAGGCCUAAUUUCAAAGGAGGGGAGAGCCCUGUGUCAUCACCGUGACUGACGAGGAAUGCCACGGGCAGGGCCGGGGCAUCAGAAGCCUCUCAGCUGCCUCCGGUGGCUUGGCCACCGGCUUCCAGAAUCUCAGAGCCCAGAGGGGCCUUGGAGACAACCUGUUACGACUCCUUUUUUUUUUUACAGAUGAGGUUAAGAAGACCCACUGUGAGGAAGUGACUGUUACCUGAGACACUCUGGCCAGCGCACAGCUAAAGCGCCUGGAGCUUGCAUUUUUGAACCAGCCUCAGAACCCUGGGGAUUUCCACUGGGGCAGUGAGCACCCUCACCGAGAAUUCUAGGCUGCGUCAGGGUGCCAGGGAACACCGGCUGUGACCGCACCACUGAAGUCCCCAGGAGGAGGAGGAGGAGGAGGAAGCCAGCAGGAAGCAGCCCAAGAAUGACUGGACACUCCUAAAGCCUUCAGUCACCAUCCAGGGGAUUUUUUGCACCACAAAGGGUAAUUCCUGCCCCAUCCCUGCUGUGACUCAGCCGUGACGUUGAACCACACAAGCCAGCAAAAAGAUAAAGUUGUCAGACUCCUGCUCACCAGAGAGAACUCACCUCUUCUCUCAGCACAGACUUUACAGGCCCGGUCCCCGCCCCAGAGGAGCGUAGACGGGCCCCCCAGGCCAGCCUGGGACCCCGGGAUGGCCUCUGGCUCAGCCAGCAGCCCCCGCCCAGCCCCUGAUGAGAACGAGUUUCCCUUUGGGUGGCCCCCCACCGCCUGCCCGGACCCACCAGAGCCCAGGGCCCUCUGCUGUGCUGCCUGUCUCUCUGAGAACGUGAGGAAUGGCGAGGAUCGGAUGUGUCCAAAAUGCAGAGGGGACGACCCCCAGUCUGUAAGCCCAAGAAGCCUUCUGUCUCAGGAGAAGGAUCACCCCGAGGUGGCUGAGGCUGAAGUUGGGUGCCCCUUUGCUGGUGUUGGCUGCUCCUACAAGGGGAGCCCAAAGCUCAUGCAGGAGCAUGAGGUCACCUCCCAGACCACCCACCUAAACCUGCUGUUGGCGUUCGUGAAACAGUGGAAGGCCCAGCUGGGCUCUGGCCUGGGCUCUGGGCCCCUGGCCCUGGAGCAGAAUCUGUCAGACCUGCAGCUACAGGCGGCCGUGGAGGUGGCUGGGGACCUGGAAGUUGACUGCUACCGGGCACCCUGCUCUGAGAGCCAGGAUGAGCUGGCCCUGCAGCACUUAAUGAAAGAGAAGCUCCUGGCUGAGCUAGAGGAGAAGUUGCGUGUGUUUGAGAACAUCGUCGCUGUCCUCAACAAGGAGGUGGAGGCUUCCCACCUGGCUUUAGCAGCCUCCAUCCACCAGAGCCAGCUCGACCGUGAGCACAUCCUGAGCUUGGAGCAAAGGGUGGUGGAGUUGCAGCAGACCCUGGCCCAGAAAGACCAGGCCCUGGGCAAGCUGGAGCAGAGCCUCCGCCUCAUGGAGGAGGCCUCCUUCGACGGCACCUUCCUAUGGAAGAUCACCAAUGUCACCAGGCGCUGCCACGAGUCGGCCUGUGGCCGGACCGUCAGCCUCUUCUCUCCAGCUUUCUACACUGCCAAGUACGGCUACAAGCUGUGUCUGCGGCUCUACCUGAACGGGGACGGGACGGGGAAGAGGACCCACCUGUCUCUCUUCAUUGUGGUCAUGAGAGGGGAGUAUGAUGCUCUGUUGCCCUGGCCUUUUCGGAACAAGGUCACCUUCAUGCUUCUCGACCAGAACAACCGUGAGCACGCCAUCGACGCCUUCCGGCCCGACCUGAGCUCGGCAUCCUUCCAGCGGCCGCAGAGUGAGACCAACGUGGCCAGUGGCUGCCCACUCUUCUUCCCCCUCAGCAGGCUGCAGUCACCCAGGCAUGCCUACGUGAAGGAUGACACCAUGUUCCUCAAGUGCAUCGUGGAGACAAGCGCUUAGGGCGGGUAGGGACUGUGCGAACCACACCUGACUCCCGAGCGAGCACCACUGGGGGUUUAGUAAGAUGACUGAGGUCCUGCCCUUGGCGCCCAAGAUCCCAGGGCACGAUGUUGGGCCGGGCUGGCAGGAUCUCAGCGGGCCUGCUAGACUGACCGUGGCUGGCCAUCAGCUUAGGUGGCAGGGCCUUGGGCUGGGACCACAGGGGCAAAGGGUCCAGGAGACGGCAGCUGGGUCAUUCGUUGCCCUCUGCACCGAGCACACAACCCUGCAGGUUGAGGCGACUGUGACCAAGGGAGGGAGGGACUACGGACCAGGCCUUUGGCAUGGAUGGUGAGCAUAGGGAGGAGCGCCUGAGCAAAGAAAUUCUCAGACAGGAAGAUCUCUGCCCAGGGCGGGAAGGCAUCAAGUUGGGGCUUGGAUUUAAAGACGUUCAAGUUCCUUCCAGCCCAGAAAGUCUCCAGUUUUGGGCCUCUGGCCCAGAAGAGACCUAGGACUUGAAGGGGUUCUGGAAACGUUCAGGAACCUCAUGCCCACCAGGCUUCUGACUCUCCUUCAGUACCACCAGGUGGGCUGGGCUGGCCCGCACAGCACCUGCCAUGCCGGGUCUGGCAUCUCCGUUCCCCACUGUGCAGGGGCCCGCGUAGUCCUGAGCCCCGUGCCCGCCAGCAGGACUCCCCUGCACCUCCUCCAGGUGAAAGCUCCCAGGAUCAGCUGGAAGAAAUGUGGAGAAGGAGGGGGGCACAGACUCUCUGCUCUCCUUCCCUUGGAGGCCCCACCACCUUCGCACUUUCCUGCAUCUUGUGUCACCUAAUUAAGCAAGGUAUUCACUUCUCUCAGUUGACUGAUCAGGGCCUCUGAGCCACUGAGCAGAGGCUGUCCUUUUCAAUAUGUAUAAAACCAAAGAAAGAAAUUUUUGUACAUUUCUGUUGAGGUUUCCAUGAAGUGCAUAUCCAACCUGGGCCCAAACCGGGUACCCCACAGCGCCUGAGCCUCUUUAUUUGAAAAUGGGGGGCAGCACCCUCGCUGGCCCUGCCCCGUGCACGGGGUUUCACGAGGCCCAAAUACAGCAAGGAAGCACGAGUGCUUUGUAUGUUCGACAGUACCUUGCUGUGCGUGAACAUGCCAGGCUUCCUUCUCUUGCCCCCGCGGCGGACAGCUGGUCGGUAGUGGAGACUUCCCUGCUUCCCCUGGACAAGUGGAAGCAACACGUAGAGGUCUGGCCCAGCAAGUUCUGGGGACUCCUGCCUCAGCACCUGUGUCCUGGCGAAUGACAUCUUCGUCCCCCCACCCUGGGUGCUGAGCUGACGGGAUUGAGGACAAGCUGCUUCUAAAGACAACUGCUGUUCUUGCCUUUGCUCACACGUUUCUGAUGGGAAGAGACACAUCCUCGCUUCUUACAGCGUGAGCGGCAGCCACUGUUUCAGCAAAGCCUCACUGAGCCCCUCCUGUCCUCCCCUCGCCAGACACUAGGGGGGAGGGGUUAAGAUGUGCGCCCUACCCUGGAGAAACUGAGUUCAGUGGGGGGAACAGGUACAUGAGUAGAUCUUUGAAACUGAUGUGGAAGAGUAGCUCAGAGAAGGCACAGGAUCCCAGGUCCAUUGGGUGAAGCAGGAAGGGAGGGCUUCAUGGAAGAAGUGACAUUGAAACUCAGCCUUAAAGUAUUUUGAGACGCAGAGGAUAGGAGUAUGGGGGAGGGGGGAGACACCAAGGUGGGAGGCAGUCUUGGCUUCAGGGAGGGAGGGUGUGCGAGGCAGAAGCAUGGAGGGGAAGGGAGGGGAAGGCUGUAGCACCCAAGGCAGCAAGGCAGUCCCAGCUGUCUGAAAGCAGCACCAGGAAGUGGGGUGGGGGGGGAGGUUCUCAGAUCGCCCGCAGGUGAUCCUUUGGGCUGUUAACAGCAGGACGAGACGAUGAUUUAAAACAUUCAACAGGCGCCUGGGUGGCUCAGUCAGUUAAGCGUUGGACUUCAGCUUAGGUCAUGAUCUCACGGUUCGUGGGUUCGAGCCCCGCGUCGGGCUCUGUGCUGACAGCUCAGAGCCUGG